AUGCUGGGCGCUCAUCGGCAUGUGUUCCACCGUGUAACGGCGGAGAUUGACCAUGCUCUCCCAGCCUACGUCCAGGCCCUGCGCGACGAGGAGUAUGACGACCUCCAUGGAAACGUUUGCUCCAGUUGGGAAAGCGCAGACUGGUCCGAUGUGACCUACCGCUUCGAAAGGUUCGCAUACUACUGCUGUGACCAUGGAUAUCUCGCGGACGCAUCCAACAUCGAUACGCUGGCGAUGUGGGCCCGCAGGAUGUGGAUCCUCGCUGCGCAUGAUAUCGAUGGCGUUGACGCUUCCCUAUGGCAGGAUGUGGGCUCCCAGGAGGUGUUAGAUGAGCUGUCUCACAUAAUGAAAUCGCAAAAAAGGCUUACAAUGAAGUUCCGUAUCCGGUUGCUACGUUGUGUCUCGUAUGUGCUCCACUCGAUACUGCAUGUACUACCAUCGAUCUGGGAGGUAGACAGUUAUGAGUGCCGCGCUGAGAUGGAAGCGCGAUUCAAUUUCAUCACUAUCGAUGUCUUGCUGAAGUUAUUCGAGCAUUACAUCGCGGAGAAGCCGAUUUACACAACCAGCAACGUCAGGAAGGUGUGGAUUGCCGCUGUCGUUCGCAUUGCAGGUUGCAUGCGGCGCCUUUGGGUACACAGGGACGAUGUAGGCAUCGAGUUGGUGUAUAAAGUCAUCGGUAAUGUCGAUGAACUGGAGCUGCGUACCAAAGAAAUAUUCUUCAAGUUCAGGCUGAUACUGUUGAUGUGCCCUAGCGCCACCUUGUACAGGUUUCUGAUGGACGGCACUUUGUUUAAAUGGUGGAAUUUGGUGCCUGAGGGUACCGUUAAUUCGUGGAACUCCGUGAUGCUCCUUUUUAUUAUGCGCGCCAUCAAGUUCGCCUGGGCCACCGGGAAACCCUACCUGACCGACGAUAUUACGACGAACUUGCCGUACAUAUUCCACGUCUUCAAUUCAAAUCUAGGCAUUCCCAACUCGUUCAACACAAACAGGACGAGAGAAUCAAUCCCGGGCGAAUACACGGUGCUGUUGCUGCAUCCGUUGUACACUUGCAAGAUUUUAGGCCAGCUACUAGCGUAUCUUGUGUGCUCCAUUAGUGAGCAGGGAGAACCAGUGGUGCCUUUUGCAACGGAUUUUAUGGAUUAUUUGUCUUCGUCAGUGAGUGUAAUGUACCCAUAUACCCAUCCCUCAAAUGGUGGCAGGUGGUCCGCUAACCUUGCGAACUUCGUAAAGCACUUCGUUUUGACCUACACGGUUCGAGUUGGUCGUGAGCGCGGAUCUCCCAAAGUCGUCGCUUCCACCGUUGGUACCGUUAACGGCGAUGCUAGGUUCCGUCUCACACGGGCUAACGACGUGGCCAUAGUGGACUUGUUUUUCUCCAUGGCCCGGCAGGGAAUUUAUUGCAAGAAUGUCACCCUUGCGCCAUAUUAUGAGGACGCAAUAAAGCGGCUCUGCACUCUGGUACCUGACAGGACGCUAAGUGAGCUCGUAGACCACCUGAUCAUGUCGACCGAGACUCUCACGGAACCUCAUCGGAUAUUGAGUUGCUUGCGUAUAUUCGGGCAGCUGACACCGACGAUAUUGACCUAUACUCCACUCGCACUGCUGCCCAUCCUCGACGCCUGCGUUAAGGGAAUUGACGCAGCGGACCUAUUCAAAACCGGCCAAGCACUGACGCUGGUGAACAUCAUCUUCUCCCACAUGCCUUGCCGCGACCUGUCCGACAUCGAGAUUAGCAAGCAGGACAAGGUGGAUCUGAUUCGGGCGGUAUAUAUGCGCGCACCAGCGGAAACCAGCGGCGACGUUGACAUGACCCUGCAGGUUGCGCCAGUGCAAUGCACCGCCGUGGACCUCAACAACUCCGUGUUCGACGUCGCUAGUCCUUUGGUCGCUCCAAUAGGUGAGGAUAACGUCUUUUCGCGAGAGUUUGUCGUGCUUCGAACCACCAAAAAUAUGGGCGAGGCGGUGGCUGCCCUAGAUAAUGUGCUGAACCAGCGCAAGUGCAUAUCGCAGAAUCUACCGGGGUGGUGCCAGGACUGGUUCGAAGCCGUGUUAAGGCUGUCGGAGAACUCAUCAAGACCCGAUGCCGACAGAGAAUCGAUGAUGGAUGCAGUUGAGAUGGGCACUUUUGUGCUGUUGCGUUCGGCGUUGGCCAACAUUUUAUCGCAAACUGACACCAACACCUUUGCGUGCAUCUGCGAAACUUUCGUGCGAUGGGUGUGUGACAACUCCUUCCGCGAAAAUGCGCUGAAGUACAUGGUUACCAUAGCCACCGCUCUCAGCCACUCCAACAGCAAAAUGGCGAUGGAGAUGGUUUUCGACAAAUUGUUCGAUAAGUUCUCUCGCGAGGUAGGAAGCUCAUAUGCAUCCUUAAGUGAAGACCAAUUGGCGUGGUACAUCGGCUGCUUCUCCGGCCUAGUGCGCCGUGCCAACGUUGAGUUGCUGUCGCGGCUGCCCAAGCUGAGAUGCAUCUUGAAAGCGGGUCUUUCCCACACAUCAAAGAAGGUUUUCAAAGGUGCAUCAAAGUUGUUACAACGCUGCGUAGAAAGCUUGACUGGCGUGUACUUCACGGAUGUAAAGUGCGCCAACAACUUCAAGGACGAUUUGAGUCGUGGGUUGCUUUUGUGGGACAUUCCUUGGUUUGCACGCGAUGCCGACUUUAGUAACGGGAAAUGUGACAUCACUGGCACCCUUGGCGUGCAAUGGCAUAUCGCAACAGCGCAGGAAAUGGAAUGCGCCGUCGAGCUUUGCUGGUGUUUCGUUGAUCUGAUGGUGCGCUUGACGGAAGGUACCGUUGACAUGGCAGGCCCUGCUAAACCCUCCGGCGCCGUGCCCUUAGAGAUGGAGAUUGAUCCCUCAUGCACCCUAUACGUCAAGAUGAACCGCGCCUGCAUGCUCGCCAAGCGGUUAUUGCGCAGCUUGAAUCAGUUCAGCGUUGAUGAUCGUCCCGUGCGUACCAAAGGACUGCUAACGGUGACGCCUGUUGAGCGCCCUGAGAUACUAGAAGUUCAAAAGUUCGUAGAGCGAUUCAUUCUGGCUGUGCUAUCGAAGUUCGGCGGCAUAGAGUCGACCAAUGAUCUGGUGGUUGCGAACAUCUACACUAAACUCCUGAAAACGGCGGGGGAGUACAUGUGCCGCUGUGUACAACAACACGACGGUGAUUCGUUCGAAAACCUCUCCGUGGUUGCUUCAAUGAAGAAUGAAUGCCACAUAGGAACCACGGUGACGGCUGCUCGUGCAAUGUUUUCCUGGACGUCAUCGUACCACGGGCUCCACAGAGAAGGUCACUGGCAGGAUGCGCCUCGUGUUGCGUGGCUGUUAAUGGUGCACGAACGUUUCCAUAGUCGGCUGAAUAUCCGUAAGCUUGAUCACGACUGCGUGGGACCUCGUAAGGAACUCUUGAACAUGAUAUUGCAGUGUGCCACAUCCCAAUUCAAGGACCUGGCUUUCCACGGCCGCAAUAUGAUAAAGCCGCUAAUUUCACUCCACCGACGCGUGAGAUCACACGUUGCCCACUAUGUGUUGGAUCAAGGCAUGGCGGUAUAUCCCACAUCGGCUGACGGUUCGGAUCGUGCAAUCAAUGCUUUGAGCAACAUCUCGGAUAGUUUAAUACACUCACUUUUGAAGCACUUUGGAUCCUCCGAGAGCGCUUUCGAUAAGUUCUGCAGGUUCAUCUGCUCCGCGGUUAUGACAGUUCCGAACAAGGAUUCUUUGAUGGUCAAGUUCGACAACCGUUUUGUUGAUGUGCUCAAGAACCGCGAAGUUAUGACCCCUAGUGAAAUAACGGCGGGAACCAUGAACUUCAUCUUGGACUCCCUCUUAGACACCAGCUCGAAGCAGGCUCCCGCUGCCAGUCACUGGCGCUUCCAGCUUUACGCGACGUCGCUUCUGGUCUGCUUCAACAACUUGAUCCCCAAUGAGAGCCGUGGCCGGUACAUCUCGUGGUUGAUGGAGGCGGUGGACCGCACAGUGAAACAACCAUGUGUCGUUACUGUAGCUCUGCACGGGAUUUAUCGACUCCUGGGCGACACUCCCACGUCUGGCAAUUUACCCCCGGAGUUGUUUGACCACAAGUUUGCCGAGACCCUGAUGAGGGCAAUAUGCGUGGCUAACCACGAGGAUCUCACGGACGACAACACGGCAACAUUAGUGCGGUUGAACAAAAUUGUCACAAGUGUGAUCAAGCUAAACCGCACAUGGCCCCGUAGCCGUAUGGCUCUCAAUUCUGGGUCAUUUUCGCUGCAGAACUUCUACCUGAUGUACUGGUAUUUCUCUGCGAUGCUGGAUGCGGGUAAAGCGGACACCAUAGUGCAAUGCAAGGAGUUUUUGACCGGGCUUGCGAGCAGCUCGCCAAUUAUGCGUGAUGAUCAUUGCGCAUUCGCCGAAAUCACCACUGCGUUGAUGAAGGCAUCGCUCCGUACCGAACGAUCGGUUCGUGAAAAGAUCUGGGAAGUUUUGCAUCCGGUGAUCAAGAUAGAUUUGGAGACGAUUGCGCAGGAUCGCAUUGUGGAUUUCAUGGACGGUUUGCGCCUCGCGCUUGAGGACUAUGACCUUUACGGCGAUGCAUGCAUACCCAUAAUAAACGUGGGAAUAAAUUUCCGCGCCCCUCUGAAAAUGGACGCCCUGCAGUCGUGCGACUUGGCCUCUGACAACACCACAAGUCCGCGUAUUGUCAAGCAGCUCAAACUGUAUCGGGCACUGCUCCAGCAGCUGACAACGAAACAUAGGGGCAUAUUCGAAAUCCUGUGCGACGCCAUUUUGAACGAGGAUAUCAUUUGCAACAGCUCGCUGCAAAUCGUAGACGAGGUGGGAUACCUCUGCUCGUUUAUGGCAGGCCUGUGCCGCAUGUACGGCGAGUUGCACGAGUUCAAGCAGCUGGUGCACUCUAGCAUAUCGCAAUUGGUCGCCAAGGUCGACGCAAACGGUUCCGGCGAAGGCACAGAUGAUAUGCCGAUCAAGGGAUUGUUGUCGGUUAUCAACAUGCUGUACUCCUCAUCCGUGCCACUGCAGGACCUGGGCCACCCAUACACUCCUCAGUUUUUGUCGUUUUGCCUGAACCAUAGAAACCACUCCAACACGGUGGUUGGCGAUAUCGCCACUCGCGCUGUGAGCGAGAUCGCAUUGUCGUCGUACCACCACGAGAAGGACCUGUCCGCUGUGGACGCUGUGGUAUCCGUCCUGGAUAACGUUUGCAAAGCCCAGUCGUACAACACAAAGGAGUACACCAUAAACGUUGCAAAGACGCUGCAGCGAAACAUGUGCAUGUAUCUGCGGCGAACAAAUGUGGUGAACGUGCUGCUGGAGAUGUACAUUUCGGCGCUACAGCACCGACAAGCGCGGGAUGCCGCUCGUGAUGCGCUAACGUACAUAGUUCUGUCGUCAGGCGAUCAUCUCUACAUCGAGUUGACGGAGCGCUUCUACAGCCUAAUCAAGGAAAACCAUGACGAAACGGCGAGCGCCGGCGUCUUUGGCCUGGCAGCACUCAUCGGAACUGCGCCGUAUCAUGUGCCCAAGUGGAUGCCGUAUACGCUGACCAGACUGGCUAGUUGCGGGGCUUCGCGUUUCCCAGACAUCGUGAGGCGUGUUGUCCAGACGACACUGCAAGACUUCUUCAAGUCUCACAUGGACGCCUGGAAUCAGGUCCACGUCCACAAGUUCACCCCCGAACAGCUCGAUGUGCUGGAGAUGUACAAGGGCUGCCCGGCUUACUUUAACUAA